ACAUUUGGCUUUUUAUUCGCCUUUAACGAGCAAUGGAUUAUCGAUUUGGAAUUCCUCGUUCGCGAUAAGGCACAAAGUACCGAUCGCAUCCAUUAAACAGUGUGUUCGUUAUCCAGCCGGCCCUCGGAAACGUGUUAUGUGCUUCCAGUUCUUCCCUUCUGAGUGCGUGAGCGUGUGUGUGCGUGUGUGCGCUGUGCGGUGUGCGAGAAAGAGUUGCUGAGGCAGUGGCUGCUGAGUAGUUCUGUGAAACGGUCUACAACCCUCACACGGCAAGCUGGCUGCUGGGGCUCGGAUCAAGGCAUUCGCCAUCAAAUUGUAAAGCUAUGCCAAGCGGUGGUACGGGCGGGUUAAUCGAUCUUGAGUGUGCCGCGAACCAAAGGAGACAAUUUCUUUUCUUGCAGAAGCUAAGCCAGCCCCGCUGCAUAAUCGCCCGGGUUUUGCUUAGAAGAAGUUUGGAACGAACGAAAAACUUUGUUUUGCCCAGCCCCGUCGUCCGGCCCGUUCCGCUUCCGCGCGCCAUCCGGGAGUUUUCAGGUGACCGUUCAUGGACAUUAAGAUGGAACCGUCAGGCACGGUGCUAGUGUCGGAGGAGGAGGGUGACGAAGCGGUCGAGAUUCCGCUCGAGGACGACUCGACGCUGCUGCUGACGACGCUGCAGGCCCAGUUUUUCGGGGCGUGCGGGCUGAAGUACCGCAACCCGGAGAACAAGGUGAUCCGCGGGGUGCGUCUGAGCGACGGCAAGCUGCACCCGUUUUCGCCCGAGUCGGGCUGGGGUAACCACGUGUACAUUUGUGUGUUCCCGAAGGAGAACAAGCGCAAGUGCGACGACCGGACGGAGAACUCGACGCCCAAAACGAAGCGCAUCGAGAGCCGGAACCGAACCACCACCGAUCUGAUCGUGCUCGGGUUGCCGUGGAAGACGACGGAGGAGCGCCUGCGGGAGUACUUUGAGAGCUUCGGCGAGCUGCUGGUGGUGCAGCUGAAGAAGGACUCAAACACGGGCCAGUCGAAGGGGUACGGGUUUAUCCGGUUCGCGCGCUUCGAGUGCCAGAUGAAGGUGCUGUCGAAGCGCCAUCUGAUCGAUAGCCGAUGGUGCGACGUGAAGGUGCCGAGCAGCAAGGACCAGAUGCAGCACCAGAUGCCGAGCAAGAUCUUCCUCGGUCGCCUCACGGAGGAUAUUAAUGCGGACGACAUCCGGACUUAUUUCAGCAAGUACGGCGAGGUGGCGGACGUGUUCAUCCCGAAGCCCUUUCGAGCGUUUGCGUUCGUCACGUUCAUCGAUCCGCACGUGGCGCAGAGCCUGUGCGGUGAAGAUCAUCUGAUCAAGAGCACCUCGGUGUACGUGUCGACGGCAUCGCCCCGGCCCGAGCACGGGCGACAUCGGGGCAAGAGUCAGAUGGGUGGCAACCCGUCCUCGAGCUACGGCGGUGGCGGCGGUGAACACGCUGGCCGUGAUGGGAACGAGUACGGCGGGGGGCCACACCACGGCGGACAUCCGAACAAUAACUAUCAUCAUGGUGGCGCGGCCGGUGGACCGGGCGGUUACAACCAUCUGCCGCAGGCAGGCGGCGGGAAUCAGCGGCCAGUGUGGAACUACAACGAGUACACGACGCAAAACCGGCAGAAUAGCGGUAAUAUUGACUCGAUGCCGAAUCUGCAGGCACUCGGGCUGAACUCGACUGGUCCGAACGGACAAGGUGGCGGUGGUGGUGGCGGGUCAGCCAGCGGUCACCACGGCGGUGGUAGUAUGGGAAACCAUCUGAGCGGCAGUGGGGGCGCUGUGACCGCGGCUCCAGGGCCCGGACCGCACGGGGGCCCCGGGGCAGGCAAUAUGAACAUCAACCAGAUGCCCAUUAAUCCGGCCAUAAUCGCGGCAGCACUCAGCCAGUGGAGCCUGAUCGGCAACCAGAUGCAGCAAACCACGGCCUCGCAUAGUGGAGGCGGCGGCCCCGGAGGACCGGGCCAAGGGCACGCGGGUGGUCCGGGAGGACCUGCUGGCGGUGGACCUCCGGGACCGGGUGGGGCCGGCCCCGGACCUGGUCCGGGCCAGGAGUAUCUGGCGUGGAACGGCAACGGCAGCGGUGCGCCGGGUGCCGCUGGUCCUGCUGGCCGUGUUGAGCCGAAUCGACCGUAGAUCCUUGGCCCCCCUUGGGUACAAGCAAAUGAAAGAGACAGAUAGAGAGAGAAAGCGAGAGAGAGAGAGUGGGAGCAGAAAGUACAGGUUUUUCGGACGAUGUCGGCAGAGAACAGACCGACGCCCGCUACAGUUACGAGAGUACGAAAGAAACAGACAAACCGACGAACCAAUGUGUGGUGCUACCCACGCCCCGUGCUGUGGGAAAUCGCGUUCCCACGAAGCGGCCGCGUGUGGCACGGAUCCACAUUUUGACGAUCUCCGCUCUCUCGCAACUCUCGGCGGAAGCGGCGGACCCUUGACUGACUCUUGUUCAGCAAACACGAGAAUGACGCGUGAAAGGAUGUCUGGAUGGAUGGAUGGAUGGAUGCUCGGGAUGCAAUUAGGUGGCGUGUGUUGUGUGUGGAAGACGAUUUGAUGAAACCCUUUUUAAUAUUAGAUAAAUAAAUCUUAUUAUGUUCUUCUUUUUCGUUCGUUCUCCGAGCUUGCCCGAGAUAUAUUGAGUAUUUGAAACCGUAACGAAAGCAAACUAAAAUACAAUCUCAUUUGUGUGUUUCCGUGGCGUAAGCAGCAACAACAAACAAAUAUGUAAACGUGUGUGGUUUGUGUGUGAAGGGGUUAAGCCAAACAGUAGUUUUUCGUUGCUGAAAAAUAUCCACAAAACGGUGUAGGAGGAAGCACGUGGUAGGAAUGGAAGCGAGAACACGAACCGUUGCUCUUAGAGAGGUGGCCCGUCGUUAGAAUUACGCUAAUUUAAACCACAUCAAACCCCAGAACAGCGUUUCGGAUGAGCGUGUAGAGUCGAAUGAGUUCUUGACCGCCCAAAAUACUCCCCAACCAGAAUGUAACGAAGCCCCCCUAACUAACAGUACAGUAACAAGCGCAAGCAAGCAAAUGAUGGAUGAUUGCAAUGGAUGGAAACUAGCUUUGAGUGUGAGACCCGUUUGAGUUUGAUUGCCGAUCUUCGGCAGCGCAAGAUCGUUAGCCUCAGAUCAAUAAUUUAAUAGUGUGACUGAUGUUGUGGGGUUUGACUUUUUUCCACUUUUACGACGUGUAAAUACAACACAAGAAACAUAGAAUAAACGUUUAGCUGUUUACGGAA